CAGGCGCGAGAACGCUCAUCGUACUCCCCCGGUCUCCCCUCAAAACGGGGGGACUGGCGGGCACCGGGGCGGAACACGAGGCCACCGGCACGAGCACAUCGCCCCACCGGCGCCUACAACUUCGAGAGGCAAUCUUGCCACUCGCAAAUCCCCUUCCAUUCGGAAGCCUCCCGCCCCGCCGCCUCUUCCCGAGCGCGACAUCGCCGCCUCUUCCCGAGCGCGACAUCGCCGCCUCGUCGGAACCCUAGAACCCCGCCGGCGGGCACCUCGUCGCCGAUCACCGGGCAUCCGCCAUCCACGGCGAUGGCGAGGGCGGCGGCGCGGCCGCGGCGGCUCGAGCUGGCCGAGCGGUGGCGCGGGAUCCAGGAGGACGAGGAGGCCGAAGACGGCGGCGAGCCGUCCGCCGCCAAGCACCGCCGCCUCAUUCGGGCCAAGGAGGAGUGGUUUUCACAUUGUUAUACUUUCCUGGUAAAUUUGCCAAAAGAAGAGCAUAUUUGGUGUGGAUAUGCUGAUAUUAUGGGCCCCUUCUUGGAAACAUUCCAUGGCUUCUUUGACGAUAAGGAUGAUGAGUCAUCUCUUAGAAUAAUAUGGAGACGAGUUUCUCAAGAAAUGGGUAUUUGCACACAAUGUGUAUGCGAACACCACCAGGCGCAGGGAUUUUUCGAUACUGAAUAUCGUUCAGAUACUGUCGAUCCCCUUCUGAAAGUAUUGCGGCUUCUUGAUGAAGAGAGGGUAACGGAGCAUCUUAUACAAAUCAACAAAAUGAUUCAGCUCAAGGAAUAUGACCCUUCAUGCCAUGGUGAAGAAGUUGUCAGCAUAAUGUUCGAAGUUUUGAUGUAUCCUGUUCUUUUAGAUGACCAAUCUUUGGCUAAUCAGUUUCAGAUGUUCAUUGAAACAAUUGAUGAAUCAUAUGAAUUGAGCCUUUCAACUAAUCAGCAAUACCCUGGUGUCUAUGCCCUACUUUUCUUCAAAAGUUGCAAAGCUCGGGCUAUUGGGCUUCGAUUGGCUCGAUCCAUGGGGAAACUGAGGAGAGCAGUUGAUUUGGAACAAUUGCAACCCUUAAUGCAAAAGUAUAUUAACUUUUUGGAAGCGGAAGUUCUUCCAUCUACUUCAGAACAUUCAAGGCCUAGGGUGCAGCUGAAAAGAGCUGACAUAUGGCUUGGAUUUAAAUCACUCCUUGGAUUUCUUGAGGCGCCAGCUUUUGAAGAUGGAAUUCUGGAAAAGUACCCUGUAUUCCUGAAUAUUGUACUUAACCAUGUCAGUGAUGACACAUCUGAUUUGUCGUGUGCUGUAAGUUGCCUCAAAGCUUCAUUUGAAAUGCUUGGUUGCAAACUUUGGUUGAGAACAACACUAUCACCUAGUGUUAUGCGAAACACAUUAUUAGGUCACUGUUUCCAUACCCGAGAUGAGAAAAGUCACAAGGAAAUUUUUGAUCUUUUCCUCCCAUUUCUUCAGUCACUUGAAGCACUACAAGACGGUGAGCAUGAAAAGCAAAGGAGGAACAUCCUAUAUUUUCUUCUUCAUCAAGUCACCCGGAGUAGUAAUUUCAGUGCUCUGAUGAGAAAAAACGCCACUAAGAUUGCCCUUCUUAUUGUUCAAAGAGGAUACACAAUGUGCCCUCCUUGCCCACCUACCGAAUGCGCCCAUAUGUGGGGGCCAUCUUUGAUAAGUUCGAUAGAGGAUACAUGCUUACAUAGUUCAUUGCGGCAACCUGCACUUGGUCUUAUAUAUAUUAUCAUAAUUUCUGAUGCUUCUGCCUUGAUUUCCUAUAAAUUGAAGUAUGAGUCUGUUAAAAAGGAUAAUAUAAGCAAUUCUGUCAUGUUUGCGGAUGAUGAUGAUGAAUUGCCUUUCUCGCAUGACGCUGAAGAAAAGUCUCAGAGCUGUUGGAACGACUUCAAUGUUCUGAACAAGUUGGCAAGCCGGGAAUGCAAGGAUUGGAAAUGCAUCCCUUUGCUAUGGUAUCUUACAAUGGUUCAGUUGGAACCCUCUAAGCUACCCAUAGCAUUUUCAAAAGCAGUCCUUUGGGGAUUGUCUCAUAUAUCUGUUUUAGAGCCUGGGUUAGCUACAGAGUCGUCGGUGCCUGUGAAUGUUUGGUUAUCAUCACAUGUCGGAGAAGUUUCCUCAACAUUUACAUGGCAAGUUCCAAAUGGUGCUGAUGAUGGUGGAAGUGGGAAGGAUUGUAUCAAUACCCUCAAGGUGUCACAGUUUUGCGUUCUCUUAUUGAAAGUAUUUAAAAGAUUAUCCAUUCAUGUCAUGACACAAAUUGAACAACGUGGGCUCCAAAAGCAAUGGACUUGGGAACCAAUGAUGGGAGAAAGCUUGAUAUUGGUGCUAGUUGAUAAUAAUGAUGAUGUGCGGCAAGUUGGGAGGGCUAUCUUGGAACAUGUAUCCCAAGCACGGGGUCUGACUUCUGGGCUUCAAUUUUUGUGCUCGAGUGCAUCUUCACUCUCUGCUGUUUUUCUGGGUCUAAGAUAUGCAGUUCAACUGGUGGGAACGAGAUCAGUUUUGGCAGAUUUUCAUACUUUCCAUCACCUGUUUUUUGUCAUGUGCAAACUACUUAAGGAGGUUGUUGCUCAAAAACCUCCAGUUGCACAGCCAGGGAAACCUUCAGAAGGGGGUUUCCUGCGGCAACCCUAUUCAAGCGUGCUAGGUAGCCCACCAGAACAUGUUGUGGAUGUUACUAACUGGGAGAAGUUCUGCACUUUGCUUUCUGCAACUCUCUGGCCUUUCAUUUCCACAUGCUUGAGAGAAGGAAAGGAGCUAAUAGGUACCAAACAGUGUCAGAUAUCUUGUGUCCGUUUGCUUGAGUUGCUUCCUCUGGUGUAUGAGAGGGUCAGUAUAAAUUGUCGGACCCAAUCUUGCAGUAUGACGACAAUGUUUCAGGACCCUAUGGAUAUUGCAUGGUUUCUUCACUUGAUCCACUGGGGAAAAUCAUCUCUCCUUGUGAUUAUCAGACAUUGGAAACAGUGCGUGCUCUCUUUAUUGAAAGAACUUAAAGGUUCAUAUAGUGGUACUGGUACCAUUCAGCGCUACAUUGAAGAUCUUGACAAUAUCAUUUCGCAUGAUGCAGUCAAUAUUGAUGAACUUGAAGAGAGUGUUUCAAAUCUUAAACUUGCACUGUCCAAGGAGGCUCCUGCAACAGUUAAAAGGGGAGAGUUAAUUGAUGCACCGAUGUUCAAAGAACCAAUUGUUAGUGUCCCUUCUCCAGUUCAGGGGAGACAUACUGGCAUGGACAAUGUUGUGAAUGUUGAAAGCACAAAGCCCUCCUGUUCACCAGAUAUUCACGAAAUAAUACUCCUUUCAGAUAGUGAAGAUAAUUUAGCGGCUGCGGAUGUGUCCAGUGAGGAGGUCUUAUCAUCAGUUAUGGAGAAUGAUGCAUCAACUACUUCCAAUACGUCGAAAGAAGUUAAGCGUCCAGAACAAAGAAUGCUGACUGAAGCUAGACACGUGCCUUUAAAACCGCAGAUAUCCACUCCAGCUAGUAAUAUUAGUGCUUCUUCUAGACCCAUAUCAACAGAUAGUAGGGGCAACAUUGCUGCCUCAAAACGUUUAGAUGGAAUGAAAAAGACGAGGCUUCCAACAAAUGCAAAUAAUAAUUCCUUUUUACCAAAAUUGGUUAAAUCAUCUGUUAGUGGCACUUCUCAACCACAGCGUCCAAAUUUGUCAUCAGGUACAGAAAAAUUUAAGUCAAUCUUCAGGGAUAUAUCUGAUGAUGAAGAUGAUCCUUUGGAUCAUGCACUUGAUAAUUGCCAAAAGCCACAAAUCCCUUCAGCAAAGCCUAGUAUAUUAGUUCCUAAGAGACAAGUUGUUCAGCUUCCAGUGCCUGUUGGAAGAAGACAAGGUUCUGGCUGUAAGGUUGCAAGUACACGACGGCUUCAGCCACCUAAAUUGGGCAGCUGGUUUAAAAAUAUAUUGGAAAUGGACUACUUUACUGUUGUUGGGUUAUCUUCUUCUGAAGUAGUAAAAAUGCCUGCUUUAAAAGAAAUUCCUGUAUGCUUUGAUUCACAAGCUCAAUAUGUUGAGAUUUUCCAGCCACUAGUUCUGGAAGAGUUUAAGGCUCAGUUGCAGAAUUCUUAUGUUGAGACCCCUCUUGAUGACAUGAUUUGUGGAUGCAUAUCUAUCCUGUCCGUUGAAAGAGUUGAUGAAUUCCUUAUCGUCCGUGCCCGCCCUGAGAAUAGUCAGUCUAUCAAAUUUAAAGGCUGCAUGGAGAAUGAUUUAAUACUACUCACGAAAGAUUCACUGAAGGACCCAGAACAGCAAGUCCAUGUGCUCGGGAAGGUGGAGAGGCGUGAGAGUGAUAAAAAUAAGGCAUUGAUUUUUGUGAUAAAGUUCUUUCUUUCUAGUAACAAUGCACGUCUAAAUAAAGCGAAACGACUUCUUGUUGAAAGAAGUAAGUGGUUCUUAAAUCGGGUUAUGAGCAUGACCCCUCAAAUUCGUGAAUUCAGUGCUCUCUCAUCGUUAAAUGAUAUCCCAGUGCUUCCAGCAAUCUUGAAUCCUGUUUCUUGUGCUGAAAGCUAUCAUAAAUCUGGAAAAGUGCAUCUUGAUCGACUAGCACACCCUUUGAGGAAAGUAUUGAAAUCAUCAUACAAUGAAAGUCAGCUCCAAGCUGUAAGCAUUGCCAUUGGAUCAACAAGCUCUAAAACAAAAUUUGACCUCUCCCUUAUUCAGGGCCCUCCAGGUACAGGUAAAACAAGGACAAUCGUAGCAAUUGUAAGUGCUCUGCUAUCUGUACAUGCAGAUAACUCUUACAAGUUAUCAAGAAAUGAAUCUGUGAAUAGUACUGAUUCUACCAAGCCAAGAGCAAAGAUUAGUGAAUCUGCUGCUGUAACUAGAGCUUGGCAGGAUGCAGCCCUUGCUAAACAAUUGGAAAAGGAUUCUCAGACAGAAUGUCCUGGAACGACAGAGCGGUUUGCCAAAGGAAGGGCUUUAAUUUGUGCGCAGUCAAAUGCAGCAGUUGAUGAGCUUGUGUCAAGACUCAGUGAGGGAUUGUAUGGUACUGAUGGAAAUAUGUAUAGGCCUUAUAUAGUGAGAGUUGGUAAUGCGAAGACAGUUCAUUCUAAUUCAUUGCCUUUCUUCAUUGAUACACUUGUGGAACAAAGAUUGUCGGAUGAACUGAAGACUAAUAAUGAUGGCAAAAAUUCAUCUGAUGGUGAAUCCUCUAGUUCACUUAGGGCUAAUUUGGAGAAGAUCGUGGACAGAAUUAGACAUUAUGAGUCAAGGCGAAAACUAAUUGAGUCUGAUAAAAGUGAAGAUGGUUCUCCUGUAGCUGAUGAAGAUGAGGUCGAUGAAGUUUCUGAUGAAGCGCUUGGUGGAAAGCUUAACUUUUUGUAUGCACAGAAAAGGAAAGUUUCUGCAGAACUUGCCACUGCUCACGCACGUGAAAAAAAAAUAGCUGAUGAAAACAAGUUUCUAAAGCACAAGGUACGGAAGUCAAUUCUUGGAGAAGCAGAAAUUAUUGUGACUACACUGAGUGGGUGCGGCGGUGACAUUUAUGGAGUUUGCUCAGAAACUGCUUCAUCUAAUAAAUAUGGGACUUUUUCGGAGCAUGCUCUGUUUGAUGUUGUUGUUAUUGAUGAAGCUGCACAGGCCCUUGAACCUGCAACACUGAUUCCACUACAGCUUCUGAAGUCGAGAGGAACUAAAUGCAUAAUGGUUGGUGAUCCCAAGCAGCUACCUGCUACUGUGAUGUCUGGAUUGGCUAGCAAGUUUCUCUAUGAGUGCAGCAUGUUUGAACGCCUACAAAGAGCUGGUUACCCAGUGAUUAUGCUGACUAAACAGUAUCGCAUGCAUCCAGAGAUUAGCAGAUUUCCAUCUUUACAUUUCUACGAAAAUAAACUGCUUGAUGGUGCUGAGAUGGCUGAGAAAUCAGCUUCAUUCCAUGAUCAUGAUUAUCUUGGUCCAUACAUGUUCUUUGAUAUUGCUGACGGUCGUGAACAUUGUGGAAGGAAUGCUGCUACACAGUCACUCUGUAAUGAGUUUGAAGCUGAUGCAGCUCUUGAAAUACUUACUUUUUUAAAGAAAAGAUAUCCGUUGGAGUUCUCCUCUAGGAAAAUAGGGAUCAUUACUCCAUAUAGAAGCCAGCUCUCUCUACUGCGUUCAAGGUUCACUUCUUAUUUUGGGCCUGAGAUUGUUGCUGAGAUGGAGAUAAAUACUGUGGAUGGAUUUCAAGGUCGUGAAGUUGAUAUCUUGGUGUUGUCAACUGUUAGAGCCUCUAAUUCAUCAGAUGAGAGGCAUCGCACUGGUGAAGCACGCAGUAUUGGGUUUGUUGCAGAUGUUAGACGCAUGAAUGUUGCACUGACACGUGCCAGGCUCUCUCUAUGGAUUGUUGGAAAUGCAAGAACUUUGCGGAUCAAUUCACACUGGGAUUCCUUAGUACGGAAUGCUGAAGAGCGGAAUCUGUUCAUCUCAAUUAAGCGGCCAUAUCGUUUGAUAUUUGAAGAGGUCCAACCUCAUUCCAGAGAUAUACAUGGUACUACUGGUAGCUACCACACUAGUCAUCUCAAGAAGAAGGAUAACGGAAAGGCUGCUAUGAUGAGCUCAAAGAGAGUUGAUGCUCGACUCCAGAAGGAGCAAUCAACACAUGCUGCCAGGAAUGUAGAAAAAGAUGGUAAAAGACCUAAAGAAAAAUCAAAAUCGGCAUCAUGCUGGGACCAAAAGGUUCCUAGAGCUCAAGAGUCGAGUGUGAGAUCUUUUGUAGACAGGUCAGAAAAGCAGAAUAGUAAUAUGAGAUCCACCAAGAGCUCAUGGCAAGAAAACACUGAUCAGGAUUCUGUGAUGAGAAACCAAAUGGAGGUUAAAAAGUCGACUGUGCAUAAUGAUAAUCAUCUGGAGCUUUCUAAAGGCUUGGCAAAAGGGGGCUCUCUUGAAGGCUCCAGUGUUAGAAGGCAGAUGGAAUUGAAUAUACCUGUGGUGCAGAAUGUUUGCAAGGAAACUAACAAGGCCUCGUCAAACCAAGACUUGUUUCAGAAUCCGAAGGGCUCAUUGAAACAUGGUCUCGACUUGAAAUCAGCAAGUAAGAAAGAUGAUGUUUCUCCACCAGCAGUUCCUGAUCUGCAGAAGUUGAUACAAACGGCUAAAGGUGCAAGGAAGUUUUCUGAGAAGCCUAGAUGUGAUAAUCCAAAUAAAGUGGGUCGCUCAGUGAAACAUGAUGGAAUUUUGGAUCCAGCAAAUAAGAAUGGUGCUUGUCCACCAACAAAUCCUGAUACGAAGAUGGCUGAUAAGGCCAAGAGGAGGAGGUUCUCCGAGGAACCAAGACCUGGGAAUCCAACACAAGUGGAUCCCUCACGUCCAUCUCAUUUCAAUGAAGCAAGUAGCCAUGUGCCAGAACUCAAGAAAAGCCAAUCCACUAAAUUAACUAGUAAAAAUGAUUUAAUUGCAGAAAGAAAACGACAACGUGAGGAUGUCGAUUCUUUGCUUUCUUCAGCUCUUAUAUCAUCAUCCACUCAUCGUACCAAGAAAAAGAAAUGAGAAGAAGCCAAGGUGGCAGCAGACAUUUCAUCUGUUCUGUAGAUCAUAAAGAACAUUUAGCCCACUGACAGGAUCGUGCUGAUCUCAUGAAUACUGCAGUUUCCGUGGAAGUGCUUGAAUUAUGAGUUUCUGUCUUCCAAAGCUGGAUGCUGUAUGAUUGGCAACGGCCGGUGCCUACAGAGGGAGAACUCCCUCCGAUUCAGUGACAAGAUCGUAGCAGCUGAUUUUCCUAGUUCUGGAUUUCCUCUGAUGUCUGUAAAUUGUUUCUUAGAGCAUUUUAUUUCCCAUUUUUAUCCAUUUGGAUGUGAGCAAAAUGGGACCAUAUGGACAAAACAGACUGAUCAUACCGCUUGUUGAAGUGCAAGCCAAUUUUGCCCUGUAACAUUUUGUAAAUAACACCGUUGGAGCAAGAGCGCUGACAGAAUUUGACAUGUGCCUGGUGGUGUCCUUCAAAAUGAAAGGGAUAUCACGUGGUUUGCGUCAGAACGAAGGCUUGACUUUUAACCAA